CAUUUUCUCUAAAUCCAAGAUGGACACCUUCAAAAGCUCAUUGGCAAGCUCAAAGUGAGACAUAUGCCUCGAUUCCAAUCAGGAAGAUGAGGAUCUCCUUAUACAAUGCAACCAGUGCCUUCUUUGGGUUCAUCAGCAUUGAUAUGGCAGUGAUCUUGUACAAUCUGAUGUCACACAAGAACAUCUUUGCAAUUGGAAAUGAACUGAAUGAGCAUGGAAUGAGACCCACGGAGAGUUUAGCCAGAGCACUCCCUGUUUUAUGUGUAAACAGUUUGGAGGAGCCAUGAAAAAAUACUCUGCAGAAAGUUGGGCUCAUGUUAGCUGAAUAAACUGGAAUCAGCACAUAUUCUUUAAAGAUAAGUUCAAAGACUCGACCAAUAUUUCUCCUGAGAUGCUUCACUUGUAUCAUAAGCCAGGCUCUCUUUGUUAUAUAUGAGAGCUGAGUGAAGGAAUCAUGAUUCAGUGAGACAAACGAGCCUGAAAGCUCAAUUUCCAUGUUAGAUGAGGGAUCCAGAAGGGUCUGAUCAAAGACUGGGAGACCAUGGAUAUGCUCCGCAAAGAUGAUGAUGACUUCGAGUGAAGCGUGUUUUGCCAAGAUCAUUUGGAGAUCUUUGAAGAGAAGAAGUUUGAAUUCUCUCCUGCUACUCUUGUCAGUAGGAUACAAGCCCGAAAGUUUCGCAAAACUAUCAGAGAUGGUCGGCUUAAGAAGCUCUGAAAACAUGAAGAAGCAAAAAGGAAGAGUCAUAAGGACGUUGUAAGAGAAUGGAAGGAGAACAAGGUUAAAAAAUCUUAUUAUAUUCGUUCAUAA